AACCAUCUUUGCGGCGACUAUGAGAUAAACACAUACUUUCAUAUUCGAUGGUUCUUCCGUUGCUGUUUUAUCCUAACUGUCGUCGUCGUCGCCGCUGCUAAAGGUUUCUAGCUUUUUCAAACGCCGGUGGUGCUGCGCUUGAAAGACGUCAUUCUGGUUUUGUUGUGGAUGGAAUUUCACCUCAUCGUUUCCCUGUCGCUAGUGUCAAAUAUAUUACAUAAUAAUGUGGCGGUAAGCCAUUGACUUUGGCGUAAGACUGGUGUGUUGUUGUAAUUACGCUUUUGUCGCCGUGGUUCGUUUAAAACGUAAAGGUAGCCGUAGUUAUACGUUACAAUGGGGAUCAACAGGGUCUACAUUAGCAUAGGAUAUGCUACAUUCGGAACCCUGGUUGGACUGUCCGCUUUCUUGGUCUGGAAUAUUGCUUAUCAGCAGCCAUGGACGGCGGCCAUGGGAGGCCUGUCUGGAGUGUUGGCGCUCUGGUGUCUGGUCACACACAUCAUGUACCUGCAGGACUACUGGCGCACGUGGCUCAAAGGACUCCGCUUCUUCAUCGCAGUUGGUGUGCUCUUCUCCAUUUUUGCAGUGACCGGCCUCAUUACCUUCCUCACCCUUGCCAUCACACGGAAGCAAUCUCCCACUGACCCGAGGAGCCUCUACCUCUCCAGUGUGUGGAGCUUUCUGACUCUGAAGUGGUCGUUUCUGUUAUCUUUGUAUUCCUACAGAUACCGUCAAGAGUUUGCAGAUAUCAGCAUCCUCAGCGAUUUCUAGUUAGGAUUGAGAGAAUGAUUUUAUAGAUGAGUGGACUGAUGGAAGGAUUUUGGCUGCUUGCAGGAGCGGGACAAAGAGCUUUUGUAACAACGACUAGGAAAACCAGACGUGGCUAGAUAAAAAAAAGUAAUCUGACCUUUACCACAUGGAGUUUCACUUGUUGUUCAUGCUUAACUCGUCUUGUGUUUAUAUUGUAACCUGUUCUCCUACUUUUAAUGACCUACAAAUCAUAUUUCACAUGUCUGAAGACUGGAACUGUUGGAGGCAUGUUGGUAGAUUAUCAGACAGAUUUUAUCUUGGGGAUUUUUGAUACCUAACAAGUAAAAGGAAAUCCACUAUCCAAUAUGAUUGGCAUGUCCCUCUCCAAAAUUAACAUUUUUCUUAAAAAUUGUCACUGUCUUAGUGACUUAAGUUAGUUUUUAGUUCCUUUGAUUAUAAGGCAAGCAAUUUGAGUGCUUUUUAUUUUGUCGACCACUAUUUUGAAUAAGUGCGCUCACAAUUGCAGAUUUUUUUGAAACAUUAGUAAAUGUAUGCUCUUAAGAAGGAAGUGUACGAUAUUCAUAUUCAUACUAUUAUGCUCUUGUUUCAUUUGAUCUGAAUAGUGCAGCCGUAUAUCAUGUCCCCAAAAAAGGUUUUGCUGUGGAAUUAGCGCUUUUCAUCUUUCGUUCCACCAGGGGGAGACAUGCGUAUUCUGUAUGGGGUCCACACACAUUCCUGUGUAGAAAGAAGAAAUUGUUAAAUAAUUGCACUUUACCUUUGAUAUUGAUGACCUUGUUUUGCACACUCAUCCUGUUACAAUGGACAACAAAUGUUUUACAUGCUGUCAUUAAUGUCUCACCCUUUUUAAUGUUGAAAUACACUAUUUAUAUAGUAUGUAUCAUGUACACCUACUAUAAUUUGUGUCAAGUUUAAACCAGGCUAUGUGAGUGGUUUAGUUCCAGCUGUAGCGUAUGUCUACCUUCUACCAUAAAACAUGUAAAGUUGUCAUUUUGGUUGGGAUUUUGAACUGAAUGUAAGAAUGCUACCUGUAUAUAGAAAUGGAACCUAUUAAAGAUGCAUUUAUUGUUAA